UCCCCUCAUUUAUUUUUUCAACCCCCAAAUCCCCCUUUCUAUUAACGCCGCUUCUACACUACCCUACCUCUCACAUUCACAGCAAACCCUAGCCCGUCUCCAGAUUCCGGGUGCCCUUUGAUAUGUCUAAUAGGCAAGAUUCAGAUGUUGAUGAUGAUUUCAGUGAUCUUUACAAGGAAUAUACUGGCCCCGUUAGAUCCAACACAACUAAGGCACAAGAGAUAACAGUGACAAACAAAAGGUCUCAUGCUGGUUCCGAUGAGGAAGAGGACGCCCCCGACCCCAAUGCUGUCCCGACGGACUUUACUAGCAGGGAAGCAAAGGUUUGGGAAGCUAAAUCUAAAGCUACUGAGAGAAACUGGAAGAAAAGGAAGGAGGAAGAAUUGAUUUGUAAAAUAUGUGGAGAGUCAGGCCACUUUACCCAGGGAUGUCCAUCUACUCUUGGAGCGAAUCGCAAGUCUCAAGAUUUCUUUGAGAGAGUGCCUGCAAGGGAAAGCCAUGUGAAAGCUUUAUUCAGUGAGAAAGUUAUAAAUCAAAUUGAGAAGGAUGUUGGCUGCAAAAUCAAAAUGGAGGAGAAGUUUAUCAUAGUUAGUGGGAAGGACAGAUUGAUCCUAAGAAAAGGAGUGGAUGCUGUACAUAAAAUUAAAGAAGAAGCGGACAAAAAGGGUCCUUCUAGUUCUCAGGCGUCCAGAUCAAGGUCACCUGAGCGCAGAAGUCCUGUUAGCUCUCGUAUGGUACGUUCUGAUUCUCAGAGAUCCAAUCACAGCCCUCAGAAUGCAUCACAGUUACACCAUAGGUAUGGAAGACAAGAGAAGGUUGUGGAUGAUCGCGGUCAUGAUGGUUUUCACAAAAUUGCAAGGGGUAGUUCACAAGCAAGAGCUUAUGGUAAUGAUGGAGCUAGAGGUCGAUCAAGCCAGUCAAAGUCUCCGGCACGCCCCACUUAUAUGAGUAACUCGUAUAAUUCGUACGAUGGUCACGGUCAGGGCAGGGGUGUAUACAGGCCUGAUGGUUGGGAUGCUGGUAGACGUGGUUCUGACAUGAAAUCUAACCGUGACUUUGACUACCCCUCCAUUCCACAAUCCUUAGAGAAUCUUGAAUUGCACUACCAAAAGGAUGCUAUAGAUCUAGGAAGAAUUCGGGAUAAGGAAGAAGAUGAAGAAAAUCACAAGCAUAGAGAGGCCAUCAGAGAAGUAAGAGAGAACUACAUGAAGAAAUUGACCAUCCUUAGAGUUGAACAUGCAAAGCAAUGGGAAGAGUUUCUACAACUUGAUGCUCUGAGGAGGCAACAGCUGGCAGGACAGCAUGCGUCAGCCUCUGGGUUUGGCAGUUACAAUCAACAGAGUUAUCAAGAGUAUGAGAACUCAGCAGGUAAUCCACAUUAUUCAGGACCCAACAUACCAAUGGAACCAAGGGUAAGAUAUCCAAACCCUAUGGAUAACUACCAUCCAUCAAGGCCACAAGACAGUUAUGGUGACUUUCAGCGUCAGAGGCGUGAUGAUUAUGGGAAAGCCUAUAACCGAUACUAAUUGGGUAGAUUGGAGUUUUUCUUGUGGUGAGUUGUCUUACCCUUUUGACAAGCUGAGAGCACUGAGUUUCAUUUUGUUUCACCUAAAGCAUUGGCUCUGCCAUUUUUAGGUGGGUGUGCCCUUCUCGUCAUAAAUGUGUUCUUUUAAGGGUAUAUUUACGGAGGUUCUGAAAGUCAAUAUUUGGAAUGGAGAAAAUGUUGGAUAGGGUGGCAGAUGAUUGAUUUUUAUACAAGGUUUUGUAGCUUUUCUUUACUUAGAUGCGUUUAAUUAAAUUAGCACUUCAUAACUUUCAGGAUGCGAGUGGGUGGUGUCCUCGUUCACUGCGAUGAAUCAGUCUGGUUAUGUUUGGAGAUGUAGAAAGAUCAAGAGAAACUCUGAAUCUGACUAUGGUACUGUUUAUGCUGUAAAGACAAUUGAAUCAGGGUGUUCUUAUUUGGAGUUAAAUUAUAUCUUUGUCUAGACUAGUGAAGUUUGAGCUUUGGCAUGAAAUUUGGAAAUACUGAAUAUCAUGGUAUAAUUGCUACUUUUCAGUUUUUCAACAGAAGAUGCUUUGAGAA